UGGCUGCCUGGCAGCUUCCUGUCACUGAUCAGAAAGCUGCUUCCUAUAGAGCUACCGGCCAGGAGCUGCUGGGCCUGGACACUCCCUGCUGCCUGCAGGCUCUCCCUGUCUCUUCCCCCCCACUCCGGAUUUAGGAUUCUAUUCCUUAGAGUACUUGAGACACCCGUCAGAGACUGUGAGACUGUUGUCUUUCUGUGUGAGUGAGUGGAGGAGCAGACAGGCCUGCCCAAGGCAAUGAUCUUUUGUCAGUAAAAGGAAGAGAGACAGAGACAGCAAGAGUGAGUGUGUGUGUGUGUGUGUGUGUGAGAGAGAGAGAGAGAGAGAGACUGGGUGGGUGAGAGUCAGUGGAGGAGAAAGAGGGUGGGAUAGAAAGUAGCAAGAGGGAGAGUGCGUGUGAAAGAAUGUGUGUGGGAGAAAGAGAGAGAGAGCAAGUGGGAGAGACACACACAAAGAACUGAUCAGUUGCUGUUAUCAGCAAACAUUUGAGGAGCUGGGCACGGAGAGGAUGCAAAUAUCGGACUCUAACUUUGAAAGCAGGGAGAGAGGUGCGCUAUAUUCAACACCCCAAAUCGACCUUGAUUUUAACCCUUGAAGUGCUGAUCAGGAUUUGCCUGGGUGCAACCAUGUCUGAUCCGAGCUACUGGACGGGACUCCCCAACUACAAGAGUCACUUUGUGACAGGAAGUCUGCUUCAGCGCUCUAAAAGCUGCCGCAGCAACAGGAAGAGCUUGGUGGUCAGCUCACCAUCACCCAGUCUCUCUCGGCCACUCUCCCCACUCUCUGUGCCAACAGCUGGAAGUCCAUUGGACAGUCCGAGGAAUUCUUGCACCAGCACCGCUCCCAACUUCCCAUUUGCUCGCAGGGUGGAUGGCCGUCGAUGGUCUUUGGCCUCACUCCCAUCAUCAGGAUAUGGAACCAACACCCCCAGCUCCACCGUGUCAUCCUCCUCCUCCUCCUCCUCUCAGGAACGUUUACAUCAACUGCCAUUCCAGCCCACACCAGAUGAGCUUCGUUUCCUGUCCAAACAUUUCCGCAGCACGGACAGUAUUGCUGAUGAGGAGGGACGCCAUUCACCCACCAUUAGGCCGCGAUCUAGGAGUCUAAGCCCUGGGCGAUCUUCAGUCUCCUUCGAUAACGAGAUUGUAAUGAUGAAUCAUGUUUACAGAGAGAGGUUUCCUAAGGCCACAGCUCAGAUGGAGGAACGACUUCAGGAAAUUAUCAGCAGCUUCUCGCUCGACAACGUUUUGCCACUUGCAGACGGAGUGCUUGGGUUCAUCCACCAUCAGAUCAUCGAACUGGCGCGAGACUGUCUGGUGAAGUCACACGAAGCCCUCAUCACCUCCCGCUACUUCCUUGAAUUGCAGGAAAAUUUGGAGAAGAUGUUGCAGGAUGCCUAUGACCGUGCAGCCAGUGAUGAGGUGAUGUUUAUUACUCAGUUGGUCAGGAAGUUGCUGAUGGUGAUUGCUCAACCGGCUCGACUCCUGGAAUGUUUGGAGUUUGACCCUGAGGAGUUUUAUCAUUUACUGGAAGCAGCAGAAGGACAUGCAAAAAUUGGGCAGGGAAUAAAGACAGAUAUCCCACGAUACAUCAUUAGCCAGCUAGGCCUGACCAAGGACCCACUCCAUGAAAUUGUUCAGUUGGACGGUUUAAACUCAAUCUCUCCGCAGUCAUCUGAUUUUCAAGAUAACCGAGCAUCAGUUCCAUCACGUAGAAAACCGAGUGAGAAUGAUUUUGAGAUGAUUAAGCUGAUCAGUAAUGGAGCAUAUGGAGCGGUGUAUCUCGUCCGGCACACAGAAACAAGGCAGCGAUUUGCCAUGAAGAAGGUCAACAAACACAACCUGAUCCUGAGAAAUCAAAUCCAACAGGUGUUUGUCGAGCGUGACAUCCUAACUUUCGCGGAGAACCCGUUUGUUGUCAGCAUGUAUUGCUCCUUCGAAACCAAGCGCCACCUCUGCAUGGUGAUGGAGUAUGUGGAAGGUGGAGACUGUGCCAAUCUCCUGAAGAAUAUUGGUCCCCUGCCAGUUGAUAUGACCAGGAUGUACUUUGCAGAAACGGUUCUGGCCUUGGAAUAUCUCCAUAACUAUGGCAUUGUGCAUCGCGACCUCAAACCAGACAACCUGUUGAUCACUUCGAUGGGUCACAUUAAACUGACCGACUUCGGGCUAUCAAGGAUUGGACUGAUGAACAUGACAACCAACUUGUAUGAGGAUCACAUUGAGAAGGACACCCGGGAGUUCAUUGAUAAACAGGUUUGUGGGACGCCCGAAUACAUCGCUCCUGAGGUGAUUCUCAGACAGGGAUAUGGCAAACCUGUGGACUGGUGGGCCAUGGGAGUCAUUCUAUUUGAAUUUCUUGUUGGUUGUGUUCCAUUCUUUGGGGAGACACCGGAAGAACUUUUUGGACAAGUGGUUAGCGAUGAGAUCAUCUGGCCAGAAGGAGAGGAGAUUCUCCCCCUCGAAACUCAGGACCUCAUCAGCAGGCUGUUGAGACAGAAUCCACGUGAUCGCCUGGGGACUGGUGGGGCUCUCGAGGUGAAACAACAUAAUUUCUUCAUGCAGCUGGACUGGAAUGGAUUAUUGCGUCAGAAAGCGGAGUUUAUCCCUCAGCUGGAGUCUGAGGAUGACACUAGUUACUUUGACACACGCUCGGAGAAGUAUCAUCACUUAGCAUCAGAGGAGGAUGAGGACACAAAUGAUGAAGAAUCGUCUCUGGAGAUCAGACAGUUUUCAUCGUGUUCGCACCGAUUCAGUAAGGUUUACAGUAGCUCUGAACAUUUGGCAGGUCCCUCCAGUCUGAACAUCUCAUCAUCUGAAUACAGCCACAGUGAGGAACAAGGAGAACAGAGCAGCCCGAAGAACACAUUGAGCGUAAGCCCCAGCCUGAGGCCACGAGCUUCUUCAGCGUGCUCCCACUUUGACAGAGGGGCCAGUCCCACCUCCUGCAAUCUCAGCUCAGAUACAGUGCCAUGGUUUGCAUUCUCCACAGAUGACGAGAGUGAGAUCUGCACACUGACACAACAAGCACUGCGGCCAGAGAGGCAAGAACUGAUGGAUCCACAAUUGCAAAAUGAGGCAAACAGACCAAGAGCCCGAACAUUCUCAGAUGUUCUCACCAGCAGUAUUAAUCUCAUGCGUCUACGCAGCAACAGUGUGGGGCAGAGAAGCUCAACCCCAAAAGGACUGCCUCCCACAACUACUGUCAAAAUCGAGGGUCAUCUUGAAAUUACAGAGAAGAAGCGGUUAGCCACUGGAAAUACUGUCCCCAAAUCUGCAUCCAUCAGCGCCCUCUCACUGCUUAUCGCAUCUGAUGAGUUUGGCUCUGUACCACCAGUUGGUCCAGUGUCUCCAAGAUCUCUUUCAUCAAAUGCCUCAUCUAGAGACUCCUCACCAAGUCGCGACCACUCAUUGAACAUCACAAGUCUGCGGCCUCCAAUAAUUAUUCACAGUUCUGGGAAGAAGUUUGGAUUCACAUUACGGGCAAUUCGAGUCUAUAUGGGAGACAGCGAUGUAUAUACUGUGCAUCACAUGGUUUGGAGUGUAGAAGAAGGAAGUCCAGCUCACGAGGCAGGAUUGGGUGCUGGUGAUCUCAUCACACAUAUCAAUGGUGAAUCAGUACUGGGACUUGUUCACACAGAUGUGGUGGAGCUCCUCCUGAAGAGUGGAAAUAAGGUAGUGGUGUGCUCCACCCCACUGGAGAACACUUCAAUAAAGAUUGGUCCUGCCAGGAAGAUGAGCUUCAAGGACAAGAUGGCGCGAUGCAGUAAAAAAAGUCGAAAGAAGGAUAGCCAGGAAAGGAAGAGAUCACAUUUCAAAAAGCUUUCCAAACAGACACUGGCGUUACACACAAGUAAAAGCUUCUCAUCUGCCCUGCAUCAUUCCCUUUUAUCCAGUGAAAGUGUUCCAGGGUCACCCACUCAGAGCCUGUCCCCAGGAUCAACAACUCCCUGUCAAAAUCCUGCUGCCGAGCCCCAGUCAGGGUCCAACUCACCUCAGAGCACCUCCCCUGGACCCAGUGUUCCAAGUUCACCAGCCGGAAACAUCAGACCCUGCACUCUCCAUGGAUUGGGCCCUAAACCCAAUAACCAGCGUUACAAAACUGGACGUCGGAAAUCUAUCAACAGCAUCCCACCCUCCCCUCUGGCAUGCACAUCAUCACCAACACCCCAAGUGCCCUCACCACACCGCUCUCCAUCUCCUUUAUCAUGCUAUUCAAAGAAUAUCCAGUCAUACCCUGGCAAGAUGCUGUCACCUCCAACCACAGUUAGACAUUCAAUUCAAGCUCGCACUGGAGAUUCACCACGAUCGCCACUGCUAAAACGUGUGCAGUCAGCAGAGAAACUGUCAGCUGCAUACCUUGCAGAUAAGAAACAGUGUGGCUCAGGAAAACGUGGGGAAAUAUCUCCAGGUGAAGGAAUAAAUGAAACGCAGAAAGAAUGUCAAAGUCUGGGUGAGGCGGGUGAGAUCCAAACUUUACCAGACAAGCAGGAUUCAGGAGAGAAUGUGUGCUAUGUUCAUGUUGGAACUCCGAAGCUAAGAGAGUGGUCAGCUGAGAGACAUGAGAGAGACCAAGACAUGGUCAUAAUGAAAAAGCUAAAUUGGUCAGAACGGCGUGAUUCAUUUAAAAAACAAGAAGCAGUACAGGAAGUGAGCAUUGAUGAAGCUGAUGUGACACUGGCUGCAGGUGAGUGGGAAAGAACAAGGACAGAGGGAGGGAGUGGAGAGCGAGGGGGAGCAUAUAGAAUCGAGGAGAAAUGUCCUGAUUAUAAAGCAGCAUGGGUAAAGGGAGAGUUUGACUGUGACUCAACACCUGAAGCAGCUGCAGAGGAUUCCAAUCUUAAAGAGCCCGACAGCUGGAUAUCAGUGCCACAAAUUGAAGUUCAUAAAUCAGAGAUGGAAAAUCAGAAAGCGGGAGCUGUGCAAUGGGAAUGUCAGGUGACCAAUCCCAUUCAAGGCUUGUGUCAAGACUCUUUUGGACACUUGUCAACAGGAGGGGCAGAAAGCAACAAUUUAAGGAAACAGUGGGCACCAAUUCCGAGGCCUAAAGGAGAAGCACUGCAGGCUGAAGAGGAAACGAUGGUCACACUGUCUGGUGAGUCAUUGAGUGCUGUACGUUGCCCACAUCAGUUAGAUUUACUGCACCAUCAGGUAAAAUCUCAAAGCUCCUUGGGAAUUGAUGAAAGUCUAACACAAAUUGGGUUCACAUUAGGCACCUGUGAGCCUGAACAUCACAGAAAAGAUUCACUGACACACAGGAGAGAGAAUGUGGCAUGCAUAGACACUAAACUGCAAGGCCAGUCUGAAAAACAGGAAGCAGACAAGGACAACACAAUCACUUCAAAUUCUCCAGGCAGAAGAUCAACAAGAAAUCGCAAGAAAGGAAGAGUUAAAGACUGAGGUCCGCAAUUACCAGUCCGGAACAAAUGGAAAACAUUCAAGUCAAUGUGGAUUAAAUUGUGUCGUUGGAGGGUUUGGAGGCACAGUGAAGGAAGGGGUGCCAUAAUUUGUUUUUCAAAACACCUUUUAUGUCAGUGCAGUUUAGUAAUACAGGAAAUUACAUUUACCUGGAAAACUGCUAAAUGCUGCAGACCUAGUAAUGGAAAGGACGCAUCAGAACAGGCUGCGAGUCACAGCCACCAAUGUAUUUGUACCACCACGAGACAUUUUGAAAUCCAGCAGGUUUAUACAAGGUUUAAUAGCAGUGUUUAAUAUGUCACUGUACAGAACUAUUGAAUGUGUCUGCAACCAAGGAUGCAGCAUUGUGAGAACUACAAAAGUCAUCCCAAUUCUCAUAAACAAAAGCUAAAUUCUUCAGCAUAUACCCUUUGAAAAAGCAGCUUGAUAAUUCAGCUCAGAAAUUGCCUCCAGUUGUGUAAAGUGAUCACUUAAACUCCAUGUUCACUUGUUGGUAAAGUGAAGUGGCAGUUUGGGGCCAACCCUUUGUGUCUGGUCACCUAUGAAACUCAUUGAAAAUUAGAAAAUAAAACAGACAGCAGCUGGGAGAGUUUUCAAUCUCAGUUAAAGAUUCACUUGCAUUUUGACCUUGUUACUAACUUGGGAAGUGAAAUAUUAGUGGUUGAUAUCUAUUGUCAUUUAGGAGCUUUACUCUGUAUCUAACUCCAAUGUGUAUCUGUCCUGGGAGUGUUUGAUGGGGACAGUAUAGAGGGAGCUUUACUCUGUAUCUAACCCCGUGCUGUACCUGCCCUGGGAGUGUU